AGGCGCGGCGCUUGGCGCGCACGCGCCUGAGCGCGCGCCCGGUGGGGCGGGCUGGGACUCGCCGCUCGCACGCCCUUGGGCCGAGGCCGGGCGCUCUUUCUCCCUUCCGCUUCCGACGCGCUGUCGGCCGAGUCAGUGUAUGUGCGGUAACACCAUGUCUGCUCCGCUGCCCGCCAUCGUGCCCGCCGCCCGGAAGGCCACCGCCGCGGUAAUUUUCCUUCAUGGAUUGGGAGAUACUGGGCAUGGAUGGGCGGAAGCUUUUGCAGGUAUCAGAAGUUCACAUAUCAAAUAUAUCUGCCCACAUGCGCCCGUUAUGCCUGUUACAUUAAAUAUGAACAUGGCUAUGCCUUCUUGGUUUGAUAUUAUUGGACUUUCACCAGAUUCACAGGAGGAUGAACCUGGAAUUAAACAGGCAGCAGAAAACGUAAAGGCUUUGAUAGAUCAAGAGGUGAAGAAUGGCAUUCCUUCUAACAGAAUUAUUUUGGGAGGAUUUUCUCAGGGAGGAGCUUUAUCUUUAUAUACUGCUCUUACCACACAGCAGAAACUGGCAGGGGUCACUGCACUCAGUUGCUGGCUUCCACUUCGGGCUUCAUUUCCACAGGGUCCUAUCAGUGGUGCUAAUAGAGAUAUUUCUAUUCUCCAGUGCCAUGGAGAUUGUGACCCUUUAGUUCCACUAAUGUUUGGUUCUCUUACUGUGGAAAAACUAAAAACAUUGGUAAAUCCAGCCAAUGUAACCUUUAAGACCUAUGAAGGCAUGAUGCACAGUUCAUGUCAGCAGGAAAUGAUGGAUGUCAAGCAAUUCAUUGAUAAACUCCUACCUCCAAUUGAUUGAUGUCAUUAAGAGGCCUUGUGUAGAAGUACACCAGCAUCAUUGUAGUAGAGCAUAAACUUUUCCCUGUGCCCAGUCUUGAAACUUCUAAUGUUUGCAAGUGUUAAAAUGUUUUGCAAUUACACGCCAAUGACACUGACUAAAUAAUGUCUCCUCAUAGGAAAUAUAUGAUAUUUCAGUUUCUAUACGUGUAUUUGUAAAAUAUGAUCCACAAUAUACUGGUAUUAAUAUAGGUGAAGCAGCUAGCUUCUUUUUCUUAACUGUAACUUAGCAAAAUAAUAAAAUACUUCAGUCAGAUUUUUUAUUACAUGAUUUGAGAAUUAACAGUAUGCUUAAGGAAAAUUUAUGCAGAUAUGAAUGAGCAGUUAAGAUAUAAGAUUUUUGCAUGCUGUGACUUAGUCUGUGGAUUUAUUCCGAAGUUGCUUAGUCACCAUGCACUGUCUGAUAUUUUUAUAUAUGCACUCAUAUGUAAUGAUUGUAAUACAUAGGAAGGAGAAGGUAUUACAUUAUUCCUAAUAAUAGGAAUAAUGCUUUUAAGUGUCAGUAAAGAGUAAUAUUGUUCUCUUCAAAUAAUGGCCCUUUUUAUUUUGGGGACCAGACUUUUCCCUGAUGUCAUUUCUGUUUAAUAUUCUUUUCUCCCCUCAAGAAAAAAAGUAUUCUUUCUUGAUUUUCCUUCAUAGCAGACCAAAUACUGCUUUCCUGCCAUAGAAUCUACUGUCAAUAAUGCUGUAAUUUGAUAUUCUGAGUCACAUACCUAUGGUAUUGAAAAUCUAUUUACACUUUAAAAGAAAACAACCGUUACAUAAAACUUUCUGUAUAACUUAUUUCAAACAACUGUACAUUAGUGUAAACUUAGACCUGGUCAGUGAUUAGAAUACAGUCUUCAAUCCAGGUAACAAAUCAUUCUGUGUUUUUAUUUUUCUGUAUGUAAGUGAAAGAAUAAUUAGGUCAUAUUGUAGUAUUUUCUGAAAUAGUUAAGAACAAUCUUAAAAACUAAUUUCUGAAAUUAUUUCAUCUCCUGGUAGCAUAGUUUGUUUUCUGUAUAUUUGUUUCAAACCAGCUACUGUAGGAAACAAGCAGUCCAUUAGAAAAAGUUGUUUUUUUCUGUCAAUGAACUUAUUUUAAGUUUUCAUUUAGUCAAAUGAUUUUUAAUGAUUAGUUUUCUGUACUGACAUAAAAACAGCAAUCAUUUGAUUUUAAAUAAUCAAAAUUUCAAGAUUACUGAAAAAAAUUAUUGAAAACAAGUUUAUGAGUAAUAAACACUAAUCAGAACCAUGUACUGUGGUAUAUUUACUGCACAGUUUAAUAUGUAGCAAAAAUGAAUGCUUGGUAUUUCUGAACUGUGUUAAUUUUUCUGCUGUAUUUCAACUGACCAAACAAUGUUAAGAAUGCAUCUUUAUAAAUGGGUGCUAAUUGGUAAUGAAAAUAAUUUAGUAAUGGACUAUAUAGGAUGUUAAUAAUGAAGCCAUAUGUUUAUGUCUGGAUUUAAAAACUUUAAACAAUCAUUUACUGAGUAAUUUUGCUUUACCUUAAAGAAUAUAAACUGUUGUUUCAGUUAUAUAAGUCAGCAAAAUCUUAUUUAUGGCAAGAAAUAUUCCGUUGAAAUGUUAUGCUGUAAUGUGGGAAAAUGUAAAUGUUUUCCACAGUUUCUAUCAAUGUGAAAUAAAAUUUAAUUCUGA